AUGUGGUGUUUGAUUGCUAUUAGUUUCUUUACCUGGAAAAUUUCUAUAGCUUCAAGAAUAACACAAUCAGAAAAAAAAUCAAUAUUUGACAAAAUCGCUUCAGUUAAUGAAACGACGGAAGAAGCAGUUGGGAGAAUAGUCGGCGGCCGCUAUGCUACAUGUGAGGAGUUUCCUCACCAAGUCAGCUUAGUUAUAAAUAACUCUUUUUUCUGCGGUGGAUUUAUCGUCAGUAAGAGAUUCAUUUUGACGGCUGCCCACUGUGUAAAAAACGCCGAUCCGCCUAAUGUAAUUGUUAGUUCAGGCAGUACUUUCCAUACAAAUGGUACCAUCCUACCAUUAAUAGAAAUAACUAUUCAUCCGGAAUACAACAAACCAAUAUUUGAAAAAGAUGUGGCUGUCAUGAAGACAGCUAAGCCAAUCCAGUUUAAUUCCUGCACUCAACCUAUAAAGUUACCACCAAAAGGACUAACUUUGAAGUCUGGAAUAGUUAUUACCGCGAGCGGAUGGGGACGCACUCAGCGAGGUGCUCCUCAGAUUCUCGAACGACUAAUGGCAGUCAAUUUAACGGUGGUCAAUCACAUGUUGUGUCAAGUUGCAUAUUUUGUGCUAGACAUCACCAAAAAUAUGCUGUGUGCUGAUGGUGAUUUCUUCUUUGGCAGAGCAAACACGUGUGAGGAUGAUUCUGGAGGAGUUGGUGCAAUCGACCGUAUAGCCAGAGGAAUCGUGUCAUUUGGCCGUGAAUGUGGACAGCCGUUAUCACCGAGUGUGUUUACCGACAUCUCAGCACCGGAUAUAAGAGACUUUAUAACUAAACACACAGGACUAUAG